AUGGCGUCUCGACGUACUGCUAGCAAAGCUAAGCCGAUGAAAACUAUUAAAAAAGAAUCUGGCAGCGGAUUCUGCAGGACCUGCUUGAGCACAAAGAACCUAGAACUGAUUUUUAGCAAAGUGGAAUCUAAAGAUAAGAAGUCUGAAGAAUUACGUCUCGUAACCGGUUUAGAAAUUAAAUACAAUGACGGAUUAUCACAAAAAAUUUGCUCCGUCUGCAUCAAAACGAUCAAAACGGCGCUUAGAUUCAGAAGAAUCAGCAAGAAGACUGAGAAAACUCUUCUCAGUAUGACGGUGAGGACAAAACAUUCAAAUCCAAGCACGAGUCUCCCAAAAGCCAGUGCCAUAAAGACCGAACCAGAAUCGGAUGAAGUGGAACUCAAGAAUGAUCUAGAAGAUACAACAUAUGAUGCUGACUACCAGAACUAUGAUUAUUAUAACUAUACUUAUAAAGAGGAACCCGAAACUACUAAGAGAGAGAUGCAGAAACCAACUCGAGGCAGGCAGAAGUGUAUCGGGCCCAACGGUACCUACAAGUGUCAUGUGUGCGGUAAAGAGUUCAGGAUGAAGGCCACAUAUACAGCACAUCUGAGGUUCCACACACACUACUGUGUUUGUGAGGCGUGCGGGAAGCGUUGCAGGAACAACAAUCAAUUACAGGAACACAAGCGAGCUCGACACGGCCUGGGGAAGAUACAUAAGUGCGCCUACUGUGAGUACAGCUCGGCGACCAAGGAAGCACUUAUUAUCCACGAACGUCGUCACACAGGAGAGCGUCCUUACAUCUGUGAUCACUGCGGCGCCUCAUUCUUCAGACGGUCCACAUUAGUGCAGCACAUAGCUAUACACCUGCCAGAUAAGAACUUCCAGUGCGACAUGUGCCCUAAAAGACUGAAAUCCAAGAAGUUCCUUCAGAUACACAAACACAACGCGCACACGGGCAAGAGAUACGGCUACCUGUGUUCCGUGUGCGACCACCGUUUUGAAAAACCGAAUAAAGUGCGCGCGCACACGAGACGAGUUCACGGGCUCCCUGACGAACAACAGGGGCCCAUAGUACGGAUUAUAUUAUAG